AUGGGCUCCUUCAUGUCAAAGCCUCCGACGCCCCUCGAGUAUCCCGGCGGCACCUACGUGCUCAUUGUGAGCUGGCGUAACGACGGCAGGGAUGGCGAGAACGCUAUGCUGAUGGGACGAGCUUGGGAAGAGACACAGGCCAAUGUCACGUACAUAGACGAUGGCAACUACACCGAUCCUGUAGAGGGCGAAGAGGAGAAAGUAACGGUCAGAGGGGCUAUAUGGGACUGGUAUGUGAGGUCGGAUCAGGCGAAUAUGGAGGCACCCAAGCGUUUGCUGGUUCUGUGCUUCUUUGGCCAUGGCAAGAUAGUCCGUCCUAAGUCUUCGCCCACGGAAGUGGCGCUCUGGGACGGCAAGCACAUCUUCGGCAUGACCGAUAUAGCACAAAGCAUGCGAACUUUGUGCCACUCUGACGUCCUUUUCGUUCUCGAGUGCUGCUUUGCAGGCUACUUGGGAGUAUGGGAUCUCUGGGAAGUCGACCGCGAGAACUACUGCUUCGAGUGGGGCAUGAAGAUGGAGGUGCUGGCUGCCGGUCCUAAGGCCAUAUACACGGGUAGCAAGGAGCUGGACUUCUCGUGGAGGCUGCGAAGGGAGUUGAGGAAGAGGGGAAGGCAGAAUGUAAUGGAGAUCUUCCACAAGAUACUGAAUUGGGAGCUUGCCGACGCGCCGGGGUACUACAGGCAGUUUUCGGGCAAUGGGUCGAUGAUCCUGGAAGAUUUGUGGCGAGGUGAGGAGAGAGAGGAGCAAGUAGAGCUGGAAGAAGAGCCGGAGUCAGAGCAGCAAGUAGAGCCGCAGGAGCGGCAGGAGUCAGAGCAGCCGCAGGAGAGUGACGAAGAUGAGGACGAGGAGAGCAGAAGUGAGAAUGAGGAUGAAGGCGAGGAUGAGGACGAAGAUGAGACGGAGACUGAGGAGUACAGUGGCGGCACGCUUCAUGACGAAUGA